UUAAGGUGACAUAGAAAUAUCUUCUGCUAAAUGUCGAAACUCACGAUGUUUGUAAAAGCAGGUGCUUCGAGGACCAUUCCAUCCCUGAAGACAGGCCUAACAUUGUGAUUCAUAGGGUUUUGUUUCCAACACCUAGUGCUUGAGAAACGCCGUGUGUCUUCAUGAUGAUUGGCCAAACAAGAGUGACUGCAUCAAAGUUGUCUCCCCAUUUCCUACAUCUGCAGUUGUUAUGACAACCCAUGAAGGAUAUGUGGAAGUAAAAGACAUCAUACACUGCGAUAUGGACGGAGGUGACACUGUAGAUGGUGCCCGAGGUGGUGGAUCCCCAAAACAUCAACUCAUGGUCAGUAUGUCCGAAUUCUCUGAGUCCAUGAUUGAUGAUGGAGCUGACAACAUCAGUAUGGAGGUACAGAUGGGAGAGGAGGGCUCCAGGCAUCCCAGCGAGAUCAGUUCCAUAUCAUACCAGAAUCUCCUCGAGGAUGCCGAUGCAGGUAGCACGUCCUUAUCCCGCCGGGAUAGUGAGGACAGCAAUGACUCCUAUCAACCGGACGACCCUGACGGUAUUGCCGACUUCCCACCUGAAGAUAUAGAACGGUUUGAGUCUUCCGAUCUUCCUCUCUCGGAGCAUUAUGCUGUAGCACGGAAGUCUGAAUCCACAAACCAGAGUUCUAAUAAGGCUACGAAACAAUCUGAUUUCUCACCUGAGGAGAACGGAGGAGAGAAUUUGAGUGUGUGUUCAGACAAACAUUAUGACAAUGUUCCCAUUACGAUCACUGGUGAAGAAGAUGAUGCGGAUGUGUCUGAGAAUGGAUCUUAUGAUAGCAAGACUAAUGUGAUACUCCGAAGGAAGGCUUCAUCUUCUGAAAAUGUGAGAGAACUCAAUGAUGUAAUGGAUGCAGUGAAAAAGAGAAACAGUCUAGAAAUCCGGAAUAAUAUUCCCACAAUUGGGCAGAUAAAGACUUAUGAUAAGGAUAUUGAUGACAUAACAUAUAACGCUCAGGGGGCCAAGCCAAAAAUCCGAAAACAGUCCCCUGGUCUUGCUCGAAGAGUUUGUGAUCGUCCCAUGGGUUCUGGGAGUGAUAGAGAAGGUUCAAGCUCUGAGCGGGAAAUGGAGAGGAUAGAAAAUCAUUUAGAGCCAAAUUUACCUCGUGCAUUAGGAUUAGAACUGUCAGGGGAGCCAACAGUUGGGGUUAUAGAAAACGGCAAGGAUGGCAUUCAAAUUAUAGCGCCUAGAAAAAAUCUGAACAUUGAGAAUGAGUACGACUAUGUUAAGUAUGCUCGUGUACAGAAGGGUAAUUCAUAUGUAGGCAUGAGGCUAGCUUAUUCAAGUUCCAGUGAUUCUUUGAAUUUAAAACGGAACAGUAUGAACAGUCAGGACAGUGGGUCCUUGGACAGCUCCAGAGAAACAUCUCCAGAGAAGAUUCUUCAACAAAAGAUCUUGCAGGAUUUAGGAGUACCUGCACCAACUGAGCGAGUGAAUGAGGACUCUCUCACCGAGAUUCCAUUGAACGGGACUGAUGGUAAUAUGGUGGAUGACCGCAAGAGCUUUACAUUGUCACCUGAGAAUACUGAGUGUGAUAGUGUGGAGGUAGAGAGUGUGAUGUCCGAUGGUGACCGGUCGACGCUAGGCAUGCCCAUGGUGGAUGAUGGCUUGUCCAGUAGCCAGGCCAGUGAUGUGGAGGAUAUGGGGAACCAUGACUCCUCCAUCCCCUCCGAGAUCCUCAAACAGAGGCAGAAGCAGGACAUUGAGCAGGAGUUAAAGAACAGUGAAGACAAGGACCAUUCUGAGAGUCGAAAUAAGGAGAUGGAUGCUCAGGCUAUUAUGAAUGACCUGAAGGCCAAGCGCGAGGCCCUAGACAUGGCGAUUGCAGACAUCAAGUCAGCCAUCCAGCGCAGUAAGGGUGUGGCUCUGCAGUCAUCAUAUCAACAGGAGGACAGCACUAACGAACCAGUCUGGGUAAAAAGAGACCCAAACAUUCAGAAAAUGCAACAAAGACAGGAAGAGAUGCGCCGAGUACGAGAAGAGAUUGAACGUCAACAGGAGGAAGAGUAUGCCAAACAGGAACAGGAAAAAGUAGAUGGUGCUGAGUGCAGUGGGUCAGAGGACACAGGUAAUGCCAGUAAUGGUGCAGAGGCCGAGGGUGAAGGUCAGGGGUCCCCUGAUGAGGAAAAACCGCGACCUGCAAUUCCAUCUUUUGCUGUUUAUGAAAUGGACGAUGAGAAAGAUGGAUUACUUGACAACCAGUAUACAAACAACAAUGGGAAGGCCUAUCAGGCACCCAAAGGUUAUGAGUCUGAUGAUGAAUAUGAAGAAAUAGAGGGCAUUCGCUACACUCGCCGAAACAAAGGCAAAAAAUAUGCUCUGCUCCAAAAAGACGAUUCUUUAGAGCACGGCAGCCCCAUGACCCGCAACAUUCGGACCAAUGGCGGGAACCAUACUAAUCAUGGCCCAGAUAUGAGCUGCAACUCCAGCUCUUUCCACCAAUCAGAAAAAAGGCAUAAUUCGGAAACUCAGUAUUCAUCUCCGGACGAGGUGGGGAGUGAUACCGAGCCUGCAUCCAAAAACGCCUACGUGAGAGAUCCCCAUGGAGACUCGGACACAGAUGAGGAGACGGACCGCUUGCUGCAGAAACAGUAUCAGCGACGGGACCAGUAUGUGGAGAUUCCUGAACUCAGUGAACCACCUGUUAAUAGAAGUGCUCAGGCCGAGAAGCGCCGUUCGCGCGCCAAAGAAGGUGAGCAGGAGUCAUUACAUGUUCGUGAUCCGGAUAAUCCUGAAGUCUUAAUCGAGGGAGUUUUGUUCCGAGCUCGUUACUUGGGCUCGACACAGCUCGUUUCAGAAGGCCAGCCAUCAAAAGCCAUGAGGAUGAUGCAGGCCCAGGAGGCUGUGGGGAGAAUCAAGGCCUCGACCUUGGGCAGUUUGCAUUUUGGUGAAAAAUAUCAGGCCCCUGAAGGGGAGAACCAGCCCAGCACUGAUGUGGAUCUGUUUGUGUCCACUGAGAAGAUCAUGGUCCUCAACACCGAUCUGCAGGAAAUAAUGAUGGACCACUCAUUACGAACGAUAUCCUAUAUUGCGGAUAUCGGUGAUAUUUUGGUGAUAAUGGCACGACGUCGCCUCAUCACAAGCCCAGAUUCAGAGUCUCUACGUAGAAGACGACAGGCAAAGAUUCUGUGUCAUGUCUUCGAGUCGGACGAGGCCCAGCUGAUAGCCCAGUCCAUCGGGCAGGCCUUCCAGGUGGCCUACAUGGAGUUCCUGAAGGCCAAUGGCAUCGAGGACCCGGGCAUCCUGAAGGAGAUGGACUACCAGGAUGUUCUCAACCAGCAGGAGAUCUACGGGGAGGAACUCAACCUGUUUGCCAACAAGGACUAUCACAAAGAGGUGAUAGUGCCGAAGACAAAAGGGGAACCUUUGGGUGUUGUGAUUGUGGAGUCAGGUUGGGGAUCCAUGGUGCCUACUGUCGUCCUGGCCAACAUGAUGCCAACUGGUCCAGCAGCACGCUGUGGUCAGCUCAACAUCGGUGACCAGAUCAUCUCCAUCAAUGGCAUCAGCCUGGUCGGCCUGCCCCUGUCAGCAUGUCAAAAUCAGAUCAAGACGUCCAAGCCACAGACGGUGGUCAAGCUGACGGUGGUGCCAUGUCCCCCAGUGGUGGAGGUCCUCAUCAAGCGGCCGGACGUCAAGUACCAGCUCGGCUUCAGUGUACAGAAUGGGGUGAUCUGCAGUUUAUUACGUGGAGGCAUAGCUGAGAGGGGUGGUGUGAGGGUCGGACAUCGAAUCAUCGAGAUCAACAAUCAGAGUGUGGUAGCGGUACCGCAUGAGAAGAUCGUAGCACUUCUAGCUAACUCUGUAGGAGAGAUCCACAUGAAGACCAUGCCAACGUCCAUCUAUCGUCUGCUGACAGGUCAAGACACACCUCACUACUUAUAGACACAACAGUAUUGUAUGCCAAGACUUGCUUCCCACGACUGUAGCCUUGCCCCUUGGAGGAGGAGGCAGCACCAUUCUAGUCAGUGUGGUCACCAGUGGUCACUCUCCCACCAAGAACAUAGACAGCCUCAAGGUCUUGACCACUGCUGACCUUUGUGAUUUGACUGUGAGUGAUGCACUGAUGCAUACCAUCUGGGCCAACAUGCAUAUAUCAAGCUUUGCUUUGAAUAAUUUGUGAAAAUGGAAAUGUACAUCUUGUAUGAUGAGGUUCUGUGAGCUUCAUCAGGCAGCAUCAGUUUCAUCUUUCCCCUAUACAUUAUCCGCAGUGUGGAGAUGAAUGAUCUGCAUGAGUACCUGGUGGAUCUUCAUAAUAUGCAACUGUUUAGUGUUGUGGGAAUAGUGCUGUGCUGGAAGAUGUUUUGAAGGAUCUUUGAAGGAUCUUUCAGGGUAAACAGGUUCUGUUUAAGGAGAACAUGUUCGUGAAUUUGUGACUUAUGGUGCUUUGAGAGUAAUGGCCAAGGGAAGACUACAGCUAGAUCUGGGAGGAGUAACUUAUACUGUAGUCUGAUCAGACUGAUGUCUGCCAUGAGAUAUGGUGAGGAAGGCCUACAUUGAUGCUUUGUACUUCAGAAUAUUGCAGGGCACAGCUUUACAAUAUGGACUGUCAAGCUAUUAAAGGUGUCAUUUCCUACUUGUUCAUUUAUAUCAGACAAACCUAUAAAAUAUAUCCCAAUGUGGAAAAGUGUCAUGUUGGACUGUGUAUAUCUCCAUGUUUGUGUUCAGUGUCAAGGAGCAGUCUAUUGGAGGCCUCAGAACAUUCCACAUGACAUUGCUACAAGUUCUUCUAUAGCCAGUGUUAAUGGAUAUGACCAACAGUGUGUCAUAGCAGGACAAAUCAUCACACCAAAUACUACUCUUCAGUGUUGAAAAUAAAGCAUGUGUCGAAAAGCAUGUAUAGAAUUAUUGCACGGAUUUGCAACUUGUGUUGAUAGAAUCAUCCCUUCUGCAGGGUCAAGUAUUUUAGACUAUGUCUUAUUUGUGGAGUGUCCACUGGUCAACGGAAGCUGGCCAUCUGAUUAUGCAACUGUACACUGCGAAGGUGACAGAUGAAGAUACUGUGUUUCCAUGGUGGUUGAUUCUGCCCUGCAUGGUCAGCGAAGUCCACUGAUUGUUCUAUUGAGGUUCCAGUGAUGCCCAAACCUCUUGUGACUUCCUUUGUGUAUCUCGCAACAUUUCUGGUCAUAACAUACCUUUCACUGGUAACUAUUACAUGUGAUAUUGUUCAGUAUUCCGUGCUAGUGUGUUGUAGUGAGCUGUUGCUUCAAGCUAAGAAGUCAAUUGUGAAGUGUCAAAAUUAUCUAAAUAAGAAACAUAAUAUUGUAACACAGUUCUCAGUAAAAUGGUAGAUUACGUAUAGUCUAAGUAAUUAGAAGCUUCAAGUGUUCAAAUUGAGCAUAAGUACCUGUGUUGAGUACCUGUUCUGUAAGUUGGAUCAAAGCAGUAGUUGUCACUUUACUUGAUGCUUGAGUUACCAUGCCUGUCAAGGCCUCUGCAGAAUCCCAUCCUGAAAGAAGCAGAUGGUUGUCACCUUACUUGAUGCUUGAGUUACCAUGCCUGUCAAGGCCUCUGCAGAAUCCCAUCCUGAAAGAAGCAUAUGGUUGUCACUUUACUUGAUGCUUGAGUUACCAUGCCUGUCAAGGCCUCUGCAGAAUCCCAUCCUGAAAGAAGCAUAUGGUUGUCACUUUACUUGAUGCUUGAGUUACCAUGCCUGUCAAGGCCUCUGCAGAAUCCCAUCCUGAAAGAAGCAGAUGGUUGUCACCUUACUUGAUGCUUGAGUUACCAUGCCUGUCAAGGCCUCUGCAGUGUCCCCUGUGUCAUCCUGUGAGAAGCAGAUGAUUCUCACCUUACCUGAACAUUAAGAUGUGCAUUUUGUAUGAUGAGGUUCUGUGAGCUUCAUCAGGCAGCAUCAGUUUCAUCGUUCCCCUGUACAUUACCCGAUGCUUGAAUUACCAUGCCUGUGAAGGUCACUGCAGUAUGUCCUGGUAAGAGAACCCCUAGAUCUUCCACAGAUGUGUCACAUGCUAAUGACCCAGGUGAACCAUCUAUAUUAGCGCUUCAUCUUGUAUGGUAGAAGCUGUUCAGUCAUGGAACAAUUUGUACAAGUGUAUAGUGUAGUCUUGGGAGAAUUGUUUCAAUUGUACAGUGAUUGUCAAAUGUCUUUCUGUCAAGGUUAACCACAAGGUAUCUUUGUGAAGCAUUUAUAUGAAUACUUGAACAGUAUUCCUUAUUCAAGAUUUGGUUUAGUUGAUAAGUCAAUGGUAAUUAAUGUUCACCGCUAUAAUUUCUUCAUAAAUAUUGGCACAUUUUUUUCAGUUUGAGUGAUGAUUGACAUCUUAGUUGUGUUCCGUAUUUCUUUCUGUUUAGGGGAUAGUGAAAUACAAAUUGUUUGUGGUUGUUUUUAUUAAAGAAGUGUUGGAAGCGGGAUUUAUGUUUAAAAAUAAAGGUUAUGGGUUUCAUUGAUCAUUUCAUUGAAUCAAAUAUUAAAAAUUAAAUGUCUAAAUAACUCAAGGUAUUUGUGUAUUGUAGUGUAUUUAUUCUCAGUCAAUCAAACAUUCCAAAAAGUCAAAUGUCCCAGCCACUUGCAUCACAUGACCAUGUGGCGCCAAUCGUUUGUGGCGCCAAUCGUUAAUGCUGACCCAUCACCCUUGUGCUCCAUAUGGCUGCAUUGGCUGCUUCUUGGUGGUCCCAUAUACAUCCAGAUAGGAAAGGUAGUUGAAUGGGGAGAAUGUUGCUCUUUCACCAUUGUAGUUGAAAUAUAUGUGUUGUUUAUGAAUUGUUAAAAUAUAAUUGUGUAAUAGUACACACUUAAAGAUUGAACAGUUGAAUGAUAUUUGACUCUGAUUUGAUAUUCCAUUGUAUCAGGCAGUUUGCUCUGUAUAGUAACCACAUUUAAUUACCGGUAUGUACAUCGGACAUAGCUUGCAGUUUCCAGUUUUGGACCAUGCUGAUUUUAAUAGCUUGCUACUGUAAAUAGUGUUGCUAGUACCCCAAGCUAGGACUAGACCCAGGACUGAACCCAGGACUGAACCUAGGACUAGACCCAGGACUGAACCUAGAACAGUUUUGUUAUAGAAAAAUGAUGGAUUAUGAUAUAUGUGCAAUAAUAUUGUGUUGACGUGCUUUCAUUCUCACUUCCUGGCCCUGGCUCGUGUGAUCUUACUGUACAAUAUUGCCAGCAGUGAACCAGUAAAUACUUGAGGCACAGUCCACAUGGGCCUGGUUAACUUACAGUUCCUCAACAUGGUUAGACACAAGCAUCUGGAUAUUAACACAGUGAUAAUAAAAGAGUUGAGAACAAUCCUGUCUUGAAAGUUGUCCCAUUUUCAAUAGGGGCUAUCUCAGAUUGGAACAUGGGUCAUGUUUUUGAAGAAUGAGUUAGAAAGAUGGGACAGUGGUGUAAAUUAGGCAAACAUUCACCACAGGAUUUCCUUGUAGUUCUAUCUCAGAAUAUUGAUAAUAUGUCUUCAUGUUGAUCUAAAAAGGUUAAGUUGACAAGUCACGUUGGAGUUAUUGAACAGAGAAUGUUCAAGAAGAUAUUUUUUGGCACAAGUUGAUUGGCGUUUCCCAAUUUCCCAAAUCUGAAAUACUUUUUCACCACUAUAACGAAAGGUUUAUAGAAAUUCUCGCCUGGUCCAUUUCUGUCAGGUUUCACUUAUCUAAGGACACAUAUAUUUCUCAUGUAAAAUGUAUCAAUGAUUUGAUCUUGUACAGAGGGGUGAGAUGUUUAAUGUCUAGACAGAUGGGAUUUUCCCAAGAAUCCCCACUUCAGUUGCCACUGUGUGAAUGACAUAAUAUUCUGUGAAUCCUGAAUAAUAGAUGUAUUGUCUCUAAUAAUACAUUGGAACAAUGUACAUUAUGUCCUUGGGUGUAACUUGUCUAGAUCCCUGUUAUAACAUAUGUGCAUUUACCAGUCUGCAUUCAGUCAACAGUAGUAUACAAACAUACUGAAUCAUGAAAAGGAACUCUUAGUCAAGCUUUCCAGCAUUUCUCCAAGUGUACAAAAAAUAUUCUUGCAUCAAUUGGAUUUAUUACCCUAAUUUUAAAUGCAUUAUCAGAGGCAUAAAUAUUCCAUUUUAUUCAGAUAGAUAAUAACAUGAUUAUAAUGAGGACAUUUUGAAAUUGGAAUUUAUCAGGCUAAGAAAGAAAUAGAACUUUUGCAAUGACUGUUUGCAUUUCUCACUUGGCAAACAGAAACCUGUAAUGGGAUUGUAUUUCUACCCAUUGUGAUAAUGUUCCAUGUGUGCAUAAUAUUGUCAUGAAGUCAGAUCGCAGCUCAUUAUUGCUUAUAUGACUAAAAGACAUCCAUUUGUCUUUGAAACUGUAACUAUAUCACAUCUCCAAGGUAUUAUCCUUAUUCACUCAUGCAAAUGUAUGGCAAGCAUUGUUGCAAGAUAUUAAUUUCACAGGAAUAAUUUCUAUUGUCCCCUCUCCAUGUAGGUAUUGAACAAUAACACACAACAGUAUCUCAAUGUAGUGUGUUCUAUUGACUACAAAAAGUUUGUUUUGAAGUGCAUUUCAUUUUUGUGUGCAAUUGAUACUGAAGAUUACGACAUAUUAUUUAUUAUAAAGUGAUAUUCAAAGAAUUGUACUCAUUGCUAAAUAUGCUGUUGAAAAAAAUGUCCAUGUUGUAGCAGUGUUGUGGUCCAAGGGAGGUAACUCCAAACUUCAGUGUUCUGUAGGUGUUCAAGUCUUCAUGUCAUGAGAAAAACUGUGUUGCUUUUGUGGAAGCAGGCAUAAAAGAAUAUACAAAUUGUUGAUAGUUUCCACGUUGAAUUUGAUUAUUUAUUCAUUGUGUCUUAAGAUAUAUGGGAGUGUCUGAAGACUGAUUUAUUGAGAACAUCACCAAGCAAAUUGUUUGUUUCCUGUUAUGGGGUUUCUUGUUAAAAAAGGUGUUGUCCCAGUUUCAUAGAAUAUUCCACACAAACUGAAUUGAUUCAAGUGUUCAUCAGAAUGGAUUUACUCCUUGCUAUAAGAACAUACAGGAGCUAAUAGUCUCAAUACACAUUUUUGUCUCUUUGAUAACAUGUGAUUUUCCCUGCUUCAUAGACAACCUCAUCUUUGCUUUCAUAGCAUAAAUGUGUAAAAUCUUGACCGAUUUGUUCUCCAAGAAUUGUCGUGUACAUGAUCCAUGUAACCAAAGGUGGACCUAUCUCCCAGUGAUGAUGGGUGUUCCCCAAACUGGUUGUUUGUGAGACCCCACUGUGCCCCUCCUCCUGCAACUGUUGUGCUUGCUCUCUACGUUCUGUGAUUCUGUAUGACUGUAUGAUAUGAAAGACUGUAAGCCAUUAUAAAUGUAUUAUCUGUGCUACUCUCGGAUAUGAAAGAAUUGAAUAAAACAUAUUUAAUGUAA